UGUGUAGGAUGUCUACCACAACUAAGAUGUAUAUUUGUUUUGUUUUUUUUUUCUUUCUUUCUUUUCUUUUAUUUAUUCAUUUAUGUUCAUUGAAACAAUACUGUAUAAUACUGUAAGUCACAGGAUUAUCAGUAUCAGGAAUGGAAAAAGAACAAACAGACGUAAUACAAUGGAAUACAACUGAAUCUUCAUUUAUGGGAGAAGGGAUCACUUACAAAAAUGGCAGACUGACUAUCAAACAGCCGGGCUACUAUUAUAUAUUUUCACAGAUAAAGCUGAGAAAUAUUCCUCUUUCAUACUCAACAAGUGACGUAUCCGCGAGUGAAACUUUGCCUAAUCACUGGAACCAUUAUAUUUUCCACGUCUCAAGUGAAAAUGGAAAGGAACAAAAGAUUCUCGAAAGUAGUAAAUCACGUUGUGAAAUGCCAUCUUUAGGGGAUGAGACUACGAGUUCAUUUGGUGCAGUGUUUUACCUGGCAGAAAAUGACGAAGUUUUUGUAAAUACUUCCCACCCACAGUAUCUUGCACCUUGUGAAGAAGGAAACCAUUUUGGUUUAUAUAUGACUUGACAUAUAUUGUAAAAUGUCAUCUAUGACACAUGUGAACCAUUGGAACCUUCAAUUCAUUUAUUCGUCGUCUCAAUUGUAUUUUUAUGUAUGCUUUUUGUAUUUAUUUUCUAGUGAUUUCAGUUAAUGACUAUUUCAUUGGAAAUAGAUAAAUCACAGGGUUCAGCAAGAGUUGUUGUGAUCUACAGAAGUUGGUUCAAUGAGAUUACACAUUAACAUAUUUCCUAUAUUCAUUUAAACGAUAUGAUAAAUAAAAUAGGGUCAAUAGAGUAUCUUGAUCUACAAUGUUGUAUUUGGCUAGAGCGGAUUUUGUCAGGCCUGGAUCCCACGAGUACCUUCCGAUAGGAGAUGAAUACAGUGUUUUGUAUUCGAUAGUAAAUUAGAUGCUGUAUUUGAGACAAAAUAUUCAGAUGUAUAUAACAAACUUUGUUAUCACCUAACAAUAGUUUGUAUGAUAAACGUAUUUGUAUAUAAUUGUUUAACGAUUGAUUGAACACUUUUCCUACAAUAAAAUAUCUAUGAUACCAUAUUUUAAGACCGAUGUAUUUCUCGUCUUAUCAAAGAUUCCAUUUGCACAAAAAUAUAAUUUUGAAAUGUUAUAGAUUUCAGUUAUUUGAAAAUAAGAACAUUAUUAAAUUAAAACUAUAUGUGAAUAAAAAAUGUUUGAACAAGA